AUGGCUGGCCGCACGCUGGAGGAGCUGGCCCUGCAGGUAGCGCUAGAGCAUGUUCUUCACUGCGAGUCCCUACGCUACCUCCCUACCGGCGUGCAGCUGCGCAUGUGGGAAGAGGUGUCGGUCAUGGUACCCAUCACUGCCGCAUUGCUACGCAAGUUUGAUCUCCACCUGCUCGCGGCCAACAAAACACUCGGUGGAGCGAGAGGACUGCACAGGGACGCGCUCGAGCUGCUGGGCCAGUACGAGAAGGAAGAACAGCAGCGCGCCGGCACCGCCCACGUGGGACUGAGGUCCCUACGCGUGAGCGCGGGUCUGCUGGCGCCCUUCCGCCAGCUGCGCUCGUUGUCGCUGCACGUCUUCAUCAAACCCAACGACCUGCGCUGUCUGCGUGGCAUGCCGCAACUGAGGCGCCUCGACCUGUCCAGGUCCUCGCUCUGUGACCAGGGCAUGACACACCUGGGUACGCUGCGCAUGUGGGAAGAGGUGUCGGUGAUGGUACCCAUCACUGCCGCAUUGCUACGCAAGUUUGAUCUCCACCUGCUCGCGGCCAACAAAACACUCGGUGGAGCGAGAGGACUGCACAGGGACGCGCUCGAGCUGCUGGGCCAGUACGAGAAGGAAGAACAGCAGCGCGCCGGCACCGCCCACGUGGGACUGAGGUCCCUACGCGUGAGCGCGAUACACCCGAGACCCCAGGGCAUGCAGGGUCUGCUGGCGCCCUUCCACCAGUUGCGCUCGUUGUCGCUGCACGUCUUCAUCAAACCCAACGACCUGCGCUGUCUGCGUAACGAGUAG